AUGUUGGAAGGUGUCAGCAAUGAAUUUCAUCAUUUUGGUAUUUCUCUACCUUUAAAGAUAUGUUUACAUUUGGGGUGGGAUGAAGGCUUGGUGGAGGGGUGGGUGGUUAGGUUGUGCCAAGGUAUUGGGAAAUCCAUUUGUUCCUCAUGUCAGCUGUUUGAGGAGGCACCAACCCAGAUGUCCACAGUUCCUUCUGGCCUUCCUUUACCAAUACUGCUGCACCUGUGCCUCCUUCCUCUUUGCAUGGCCCAUUUGUGCCCAGCAUCUCCCUGCUAUUUUGGGGCCACUCCAGGGUCUGGGAAGUUCUAUAGGCUUACAACAUACAGUCUUUCUUCUCUCCAGCUUGCUGCCUCCCUAAGACACAGAGGUAGAGAAGUAGGAAAGGACCCACCCUACCCAGGCCUUUGCCCUCUCACUUUUCAUCCAUCCUUCUUCCCACUGGUGGAGGGAUGUGUUUCUAGUCUUCCAGGGAAGCCCCUCUCUCCUCAAACCAUUUUCUUCCAAAUACUUUGGCUUUAUUCCAAAUCCUCUCUAGUCCUCUGAGAUUAUUUUAUAACACAAAACACAACUUACAGAAGUUGUGCUGUUGUUUUGCUGUCUAAAGUCACAUUAUUUCCCUACCUUGAGGCAAUAGGACAAGGGCUUGCUGUCCAAGGCAUGGAGGCAGGGAGGAAGGGGUAGGGGAAUACUAAGAAAAAAAAAAAAUUUAUUGAUCACAUGUGUAUCACAUUUAACUUUAUCAGAUCCUUGUGAGGUGAGCAUCUGUAUGUCAUUGUUCUGAAACUAACAGUGAGGGGACGAAGCAUUGAUGGGAGUUCUUACAAUAUAUUUGGGAACUCGCAGGUGAGGGCCUCUCCUGCCUGAUUGGUCUUUAAAUGUACCAUCCCAACCCACCCACCUCAAUCCCCAUGUCUUGAUCCUGCAGUCUUGGUGAUCAAGCUUUCGGUUAAGAAUUGGGCGAUCAUGAGCUAGUUAAUCCAAUUAAAAAAAAAAAAAGAAUUAGGAUCUGGGCUCAGAAGUCCCACAGCUGUGAAAGGCUGGCCAUAGAUUACUAGCCUUCUAAAUAUGGAACAGAUUAUUCCUUUCUCUGGCUAUUUAAGUCUCACCUGCCUCAGUUAUCAACACUGCCUCAUCCUGCCUCAGUUAUCAACACACGCCCUAGAGUAAAUCUGUUCCCUGGGGGCGGAAAUAGAAGGGGCUUGUCACGGUACACUGAUGAAGGGAAAGGAAACAUUAAGACGGUUUAAGUGGAAAGGCCACACAUGGCUUGUACUAGAGAGACACCAUGCUAAAGCAAAACGUCAUUUAAAAAAAUUCUGACUUGUCAUGUGCUCAGAAAUGCUCAAAUGGGUACAACCAUCACCAGGGUGGGACGGGAGGGCAGGGGGAAAUAAAAUAUGAAGCAUCAAAAAAAAAAAAAAAUUCUGACUUGUAUUUGUGAAAUUCAAUAGAAUCCUAUUCAUUAAAUGGAUUUUAAAAUCAUUUCAAAGCACAUUCGGCUUUCAAA